GGGUGCCAGUGUGACCGCUGUCUCUUGGCAGCUGGGGCAUGGCCGUCAAUGUGUACUCGACGUCGGUGACCAGCGAGAACCUGAGCCGCCAUGACAUGCUGGCCUGGGUCAACGACUCCCUGCAGCUCAACUACACCAAGAUCGAGCAGCUCUGCUCAGGGGCUGCCUAUUGCCAGUUCAUGGACAUGCUGUUCCCCGGCUGCGUGCACCUGCGGAAGGUGAAGUUCCAGGCCAAGCUGGAGCACGAGUACAUCCACAACUUCAAGGUGCUGCAGGCCGCCUUCAAGAAGAUGGGAGUGGACAAAAUCAUCGCGGUGGAGCGGCUGGUGAAGGGCAAGUUCCAGGACAAUUUUGAGUUCAUCCAGUGGUUCAAGAAAUUCUUUGACGCCAACUACGACGGGAAGGAGUACAACCCGCUGCUGGCGCGGCAGGGCCAGGACGUCGCGCCCCCCCCUAACCCAGGUGAUCACAUCUACAACAAACCCAAGAAACCCAUUGGCACUGCAGGUAAUGUCCGGGGCCCCGCAGCGAGCGCUGCCCCCCGCCCUCUGCACCCCGUGGGUCGCGGCCAGGCACCCCCGACCCCUGCCUGCGCCCGCUCUGCUGCCUGCCUGCCUGCGCCGGGGGGGCUGGGCGGGUCUGCAGGGACACUGAGGCAGGGAUCUUGGCUGCCUCCGCCUGCCUGCUCAGCCCGGGCUGGCGUGCUUUGUCGCCCCAGGCGCCCCAGCUGCCAUCCCCCUGUGCCGUGCAGCUCCCGUGGGCACUGGGAGCUCCCCGUGCUGGCCCAGUGGGAGCUGCCAAGGACUGGGGCCUCCUCAGAUCCCGUGCUGAACCCCGAACAAGCCACAAGCACCCCUAGAGGGCUGGGG